AUGGAACGCGGGUGCCCGAGCUUGGAUUACGACACACAAGAAGAAGCCGACUGCAUUCGAUUGGUUCCAAAACUCCAUCGUGGAGAGGGCGAUAUUGUGCCAUUGAACAAAAAGGACACCAAGGGCGGUCCCAGAUAUACUUUCAACUACCAACGGGACACGUAUUCACUAUCGGAGACGUCGCCAUUGACGUUUACUCGACUUCCUUAUCCCUGCACGUCCAAACCGGUUUUGAACACGUUCUCCAAGCCCGCCAGUUUGAAUUCGGACACCAUCCCCGAGCUCCAGGAGUUGUACGGCAAUAACGAGUUCGACAUCCCCAUCCCCGCCUUCAGCGAACUCUUUGUCGAGCAUGCGACCGCCCCGUUCUUCGUCUUUCAGAUCUUCUGUGUUGCUCUAUGGUGUUUGGAUGAGUACUGGUACUACAGCUUGUUCACUUUGUUUAUGUUGAUCAUGUUCGAGUGCACCGUCGUUUAUCAGCGUGUCCGAACUCUGACAGAGUUCCGAACGAUGAACGUCACCCCCUACCCCAUCCAAUGCUACCGUGACUCCAAGUGGAUUGAGAUUCAGACUGACAAGUUACUUCCUGGUGAUGUCGUAUCAGUUGCUCGCGUAAGCGCCGAAACCACCGUCCCCGCCGAUAUCCUUCUGGUCAACGGUACAUGCAUUGUCAAUGAGGCAAUGUUGUCCGGAGAGUCGACUCCUCUGUUGAAGGAAUCUAUCCAAGUCAUGGACACUUCGGAGAAGCUCGAUGUCGAUGGCGCUCAUAAGAAUGCAGUGGUCUUUAGCGGAACCAAGAUUCUUCAGGCUUCCAAGUCAGCUGAAAUCGCCUCGCCGAUUAAGACCCCUGACGGCGGCUGCUUGGGAGUUGUGCUUCGCACCGGAUUCGGAACCGCUCAAGGCCAACUGGUUAGGACGAUGAUCUUCUCAACGGAACGCGUCUCUGCCAACAACUUAGAAUCCUUCCUCUUCAUCGGUUUCUUGCUCAUCUUUGCUAUCGCCGCCAGUUGGUAUGUCUGGGUCAAAGGUCUCGAGCGUGGCUUGAAGAAGUCCAAGCUGUUGCUGGAUUGUAUUUUGAUCAUCACGAGUGUCGUCCCUCCCGAGCUGCCUAUGGAACUUUCCCUCGCUGUCAACGCCUCUUUGGUCGCCCUGUCCAAGUUCGCCAUCUUCUGUACCGAGCCUUUCCGCAUUCCAUUCGCCGGUCGUGUAGAUGUGUGUUGCUUCGACAAGACGGGAACGAUCACGGCUGAGGACCUUGUUCUGGAGGGUGUCGUUGGUGUCCAUCCCAGUGAUCCUCGCAAGAUGGUCAAUGUCAAGGAAACGAGCCGGGAUACAACACUGUGUCUUGCUGCUGCGCAUGCAUUGGUGAAGCUGGACGAUGGUACUGUUGUCGGUGAUCCUAUGGAGAAGACCACUUUGGACUCUCUUGAAUGGACUAUCGGAAAGGGUGAACUCGUGGCUCCCACCAACUCGUCUGCUCCGCACAAAACCAUCAUUGCCAUCAGACGCCGAUUCCAAUUCUCGUCUGCUCUCAAGAGGAUGUCGACUAUCUCGACCUUGCCUGGUGGUGGUCUUUUGGUCGCUGUUAAAGGUGCACCUGAGACUAUCAAGGGUAUGUUGAAGGAGGUACCCGAGUCGUAUGACGAUACGUACAAGUGGUACACGCGGAAUGGAAGUCGUGUUUUGGCGCUUGGUAUGAAGGAGAUGGAGGCUAUGAGCAGCGAUAAGAUCAACAAGCUCCCUAGAACUGAUGUGGAAAGCGAGUUGAGGUUUGCUGGCUUCUUGGUCUUCCAUUGCCCGCUUAAACCAGAUGCGGUGGAGACUUUGAAGAUGUUGGCUGAUUCGUCUCAUCGGUGCAUCAUGAUUACUGGCGACAAUCCUCUGACGGCUAUUCAUGUUGCUCGGGAUGUUGAGAUUGUGGAUCGGGAUGUUCUGAUUCUAGAUAUGGCAGAGGAACCCAAGCAUGAUAAAGAUCUGGUUUGGCGCACUGUCGACGAGACCAAAAUCAUCCCCAUUAACCCUGACGAACCACUCGACACCUCGCUCUUCAAGGAGUACGAUAUCUGCGUCACCGGCUCUGCCCUCAAGCACUUCGAAGACAAACCUGGUUUCACCGAUAUCGUGCAGAACGCCUGGGUCUACGCCCGUGUCUCUCCCUCACAAAAGGAAACGAUCCUCACUAGUCUCAAGACACUUGGAUACAUCACACUUAUGGCUGGUGACGGUACCAACGAUGUGGGAGCUCUCAAGCAAGCGCAUAUUGGUGUCGCCCUUCUUGAUGGUACUCCGGAGGAUUUGCAAAAGAUUGCAGAGCGGCAGCGGCUCGAGAGGAUUAAGAAGGUGUAUGAGAGCCAGUUGAAUAUUGCUCAGAGGUUCAACCAACCUCCUCCUCCUGUUCCCCCGGCUAUUGCACAUUUGAUGCCUGAGGCUGUUGAAGCGCAGAAGAAGGCUGCAGAGAACUUGCAGAAUGCUAGGAAGCAGAAUCCUUUGGAGAAGUUUGAUAUGAUGGCGAUCACGGAGAAGAUGGCUGAGAUGGACGGCGAUGAUGAAGUUCCCAAGAUUAAGCUUGGAGAUGCUUCGUGUGCUGCGCCGUUUACUUCGAAGCUUUCGCAUGUCGCUGCUAUCACCCAUAUCAUUCGACAAGGCCGAUGCACUCUUGUGGCUACCAUCCAGAUGUACAAGAUUCUCGCUCUCAACUGUUUGAUUACGGCGUGGAGUUUGAGUGUGCAGUAUUUGGAUGGUAUCAAGUUUGGCGAUUAUCAGGUUACGAUUAGCGGCAUGUUGAUGUCGGUUUGUUUCCUGUGUAUUUCGAGGGCCAAGCCUGUCGACAAAUUGUCCAAGGAGCGACCGCUUGGCAAUAUCUUCAACCUCUACGUCCUGCUGUCGGUCCUCCUGCAGUUUGCACUCCAUAUUGCGACCAUGGUAUUUAUUACCAAUUUGUCGCAUUCGAUUGAGCCACCUGGUCCCAUUGAUUUGGACGCCAAGUUCAGCCCUACGCUCCUUAACACUGCCAUCUACCUCCUUGGCCUUUCGCAACAGGUUUCGACGUUUGCUAUCAACUUUCCAGGUAAGCUUGCGCUGUCUUGGUUACAACGGGUGGAUGUUAAUGUUCUAUGUCAGGGUCGUCCGUUCCGUGAAGGCAUCAGGGAGAACAGCGCGUUGUACUAUGGCUUGCUUGGUGCUAGUGCAGUCGCCUUCUCGGGUGCAACUGACUUUAUGCCCGAGCUCAACCGGUGGUUGCAGAUUGUCGAGAUGACCGACGAGUUCAAGUUCAAGCUUACCGCUUCGAUGGUCAUCGACUUUAUUGGCUGCUGGUUGAUUGAGCACGGAUGCAAAUUCCUGUUUGCGAAUCUGGAGCCUAAAGAGAUGGUUACUCGUGGACGAGAGAGGCGGGAGCAGAGGAGAGUUGUUGAGGAGGCGCAAAAGGCUGCUAAAGCUCUUGAAGACGCGAGGAAGGCUGUUGCUGAGGAUGAGAAGGCGGGUGGUAAUGCCAAUGGGGUUGUUGCCAGUGGUGUGAAGGCUGGUGUUCAGCCCGUGAAGAGAGUGAAGGGGGAGCUAUAG